GGCACAGUGUGGAAACGAACACCCUCUAGUGCUGAUGAGCUUGUCUUCCUUCCAGAUCCGCAAAACUCAUGGGCUUUUCACCUUAACAACGCGUCGUCUACUUGGAAGCUCUCGAGCCAGGUCUGUGUGCGUGCGCGAGACUGAUUCGUCUAGUUUAAGCGCGUAAUACAGGCUCGUGUCGACGGCACACAGUGCCAAGAAGAGAAACGCGUGUAACGCAUGAAGAAGGGGAAAGCCCGUUUAUGGAUACUGACUUCUGGAGAACACACUUAGUCUAGUUCAUUAUUUCAGGUGCUGAUAGCCUUACAGCAUUAGGGAUCAGUUAUCUCACAAUCUCUAUCCUAUUUAUGUAAAUUCUGUAAGUUUUUUUAAGUGCCGCCGAUAGUUGUGUGUAAUGGGCUGGCAUAUCUGUCGCUUUGAGUCCGCGUUUUCGCGGUGCGGGCAACGAGGCGGUUGACGCGAAAACCGUUUACAAUAGUUACAUGAAUUUUGUGACUGGAUAUUUUGUCUCGGACUCUUUUCUUUAGAAACUGUCACCGACUUGCGUGCACAACUGGAUAGAAAAAUGACUUAUCAAAGAUUUUUCUUCAUGUUUGCUUUACCCGGAUUGGUUUUGUCGGACCCCGGCCAUUCAAACCAAGUGGUUCUUUUGGACACAACAGCUGUGCUGGGAGAACUAAGCUGGAAGACCUACCCAAUAAAUGGGUGGGAUGCCAUCACGGAGAUGGAUGAGCAUAACCGUCCCAUCCACACCUUCCAGGUGUGCCAUGUAAUGGAACCCAACCAGAACAACUGGCUCCGUACAAACUGGAUACCCCGUCAGGCUGCGCAGAAGAUCUACGUGGAGCUUCGCUUCACCCUGCGGGACUGUAACAGCAUUCCCUGGGUCUCUGGCACUUGUAAGGAAACUUUUAACCUCCACUACUUUGAGAUAGAUGAGCCGCAUGGUGCCAAUGCUCAUUUUAAUCCCAACGACUACGCCAAAAUCGAUACUAUUGCCGCCGACGAAAGUUUCACACAGACAGACCUGGGCGACCGCGUUCUGAGGCUGAAUACCGAAGUGCGGGAAGUGGGUCCAAUAGCUCGUAAGGGUUUCUACUUGGCCUUCCAGGACGUGGGCGCAUGUAUCGCCCUGGUGUCUGUGAGAGUUUAUUACAAAAAGUGCCCAUCUACCCUGAGAAACCUUGCCGCCUUCCCUGACACUGUACCUCGGGUAGAUUCAUCUUCGUUGGUGGAGGUCAGGGGUGCGUGUGUUGAGAAUGCUGAGGAACGGGACACACCUAGGCUGUACUGUGGAGCUGAUGGUGAUUGGCUGGUGCCACUGGGCCGUUGUGUCUGCAGCAUAGGCUAUGAGGAGAGUGACAGUCUCUGUAUUGCCUGCAGACCGGGGUUCUACAAAGCCUUUGCAGGAAACAUCAAAUGUUCAAAGUGUCCCCCACACAGUUCCAGCCACACAGAGGGUUCGUCACAGUGUCACUGCGAAAGGAACUACUACAGAGCCAGCAAGGACCCUCCCACCAUGGCCUGCACACGACUGCCCUCCUCUCCUCGAAACUUGGUUUUUAACAUCAAUGAGACCGCCCUCUUUCUGGAGUGGACUCCGCCCAGCGACACAGGUGGUCGGAAGGAUGUAACCUAUAAUGUCUUCUGUUUCCGAUGUGGAGCCGAUGGCCAGGCCUGUGAGCCAUGCAACAGCAAUGUACGCUUCAUACCCAAAUCCACGGGGCUCACAAGCACCUCUGUGGUGGUCCAGGACUUUGUGGCGCAUGCCAAUUACACGUUCCAAAUCGAGGCUCUUAAUGGAGUGUCAGGUUUGGGAAGAUCUGAGAGACAGCUUGCCAAUAUCACCGUCAGCACAGAGCAGGCUGGUCCAUCUCUGGUUGGCGUGGUGAGAAAAGACUGGGCAUCUCAAACUAGUAUUGCCCUCUCCUGGCAGGAAACUGAGCAACCACAUGCUGCCAUCCUGGACUAUGAGAUAAAAUAUUAUGAAAAGGAACAGGAACAGUUAAGCUACUCCUCUACACGUACAAAGUCUCCAAGCGUGAUAGUGACAGGGCUAAAUCCCUCCACGCUUUACGUGUUCCAUGUGCGCACCCGUACCCUCGCCGGCUACAGCAGUUACAGCCCCAAGUUUGAGUUCGCCACAGGAGAUGAGAACUCUGAGGAGGCAGCUGAUCAGGGCCAGGUGUUGGUGAUUGUUACAGCAACAGUGGGGGGCUUUUCUCUCCUCAUCAUUCUCACCCUCUUCCUUCUCAUCAGUGGCAGGUGUCAGUGGUAUAUAAAAUCUAAGAUAAAGUCAGAAGACAAAAAAAGAACACAGUAUCAAAAUGGACAUGUACCAUUCCCAGGAUCGAAGACUUACAUUGACCCGGACACUUACGAGGACCCCUCACAGGCCGUUCAUGAGUUUGCCAAGGAAAUCGAUCCAUCUCGUAUCCAAAUCGAAAGAGUCAUCGGAGCAGGCGAGUUUGGGGAGGUGUGCAGUGGCCAGCUUCGUAUCCCGGGAAAGAAGGAAAUUCCUGUGGCUAUCAAGACUCUGAAGGGGGGAUACACUGAACGACAGAGACGGGACUUCCUACGAGAGGCGAGCAUCAUGGGACAGUUUGAUAAUCCUAACAUCAUCAGACUGCAGGGUGUGGUUACAAAGAGUCGGCCUGUGAUGAUAGUGGUGGAAUACAUGGAGAAUGGCUCCUUGGACUCUUUUCUGAGGAAGCAUGACGGACACUUCACCGUGAUCCAGCUGGUUGGUAUGCUGCGUGGCAUUGCCUCAGGUAUGAUGUACCUGUCCGACAUCGGCUAUGUCCACCGGGAUCUGGCAGCCCGAAAUAUUCUAGUGGAUGACAACCUGGUGUGUAAGGUGUCGGACUUCGGUCUGUCCAGGGUGCUGGAGGACGACCCGGAGGCAGCUUACACCACCACAGGGGGUAAAAUCCCCAUCCGCUGGACAGCUCCAGAGGCUAUUGCCUACAGAAAGUUUUCCUCAGCCAGUGAUGCUUGGAGCUACGGUAUCGUCAUGUGGGAGGUGAUGUCAUAUGGAGAGCGGCCCUACUGGGAGAUGUCCAACCAAGAUGUAAUUCUGUCUAUUGAGGAGGGCUACAGGCUCCCUGCACCCAUGGGCUGCCCCGUGGCGUUGCACCAGCUCAUGCUUCUCUGCUGGCAGAAGGAACGCAGUCGCCGACCACAGUUUAAUGAUGUUGUCAGCUUCCUGGAUAAGCUGAUCCGCAAUCCCAGCAGCCUGCUCACACUGGUGGAAGAUGUAAAUAGCUUCCCAGUAACCCCUGAGGAUAUGCCAGACUACCCUCUCUUCAUAUCUAUCGGUGACUGGUUGGAUUCGCUCAAAAUGAGUCAAUACAAGAACAACUUCAUAGCAGCAGGGUACACAACCCUGGAUUCCAUAUCCACCAUGAGUAUUGAUGAUGUGAGAAGAAUCGGAGUAUCACUGAUUGGCCACCAGAGGAGGAUAGUGAGCAGCAUACAAGCACUAGGACUGCAGUUCCUCCACGUUCAACAGAGUGGCUUCCAUGUAUGAAAAUCCACAUAUACACAUACACAUACUAUAUAAACAAAUGCUUUUCCCAGCAUCGCUAGACCCCCCAAAACACACGCACACACCCUUCAGUUCCGGACUGACUGUCUGUCAAUUAGAAGUGCUCCACGGCCUCUGUUUCUAUCAAAAUCCAGUGAAGACAUCCAGUUGAAACCCAUACAUAGGAAAGCAGUCGCAAAGACCAUGAAGAAACGCCGUGAAUUGUUUGUCUUGAUGAACUGUGUGUGACAGGAUAAUUGGACCAUUUACCCGAAGGAACCACAGUAAACAACGGAACAAUGACACCUUUCUGUUGUUCUGAAGAUGUCAUCUGUCAAUCAUCCUGCAAGUUCUGUGAUUGACUGGACUCCAAACCUGAGAACUUUGAAUAGCGUAUUUGCUAUUUUAAUGUAUUAAAUAAUGUGUCUUAAGAGAUUUUCCUGGUUUAUUCAUCGAGCCUCUACAGUAAGAGACUAUGGAUCUGUUGAAUGUCUUCAGCUUUAAAUGACUAUUAUACAUUGUUUAUUACAUCUGAUAUUUAUCCUGAUAUUUAUAUGUAUGUGUGACUUUGUUUCUUUUUGGUUGCAUUUUGUUUAGUUCUUUUUCUAAGCAAUAUGUCCAGUCUUUAGAAAACCAAGAAAAGAGCCAAGGUAGGACGUGGAGAGCUUUAUCUUGCUCUUUUGAAGAAAAAAACACCACACAAAACCAUUGACUUCCUCAGGCUGUCAGCAAAGUGGUAAAAGUCUGACCUUUUUCAGAAGACUGUAAGCCGUUUUUUUACUCCUGUGCACCACAGUCAAAUUGAACAAACCUAAACAAAUACACUCAGACCAAGAUUUUAGAACUGCACACAUUUGUUCAGUCUACUUUGGUGUACAGAUUCUGUAGACACCUCUGAUGUUUAAUCAGUUUGCCUUGCGACUAUGAAACUAUUGACAUAUAGUCACUGGAAAAUCCCUGAGGUAAUGUUCUCAUAUAGAGAACAUGACAGUAUAGCACUCUGCAUGUUGGCAAGUAUUUUUCCCAACACAGCAGGCCUACAUACACGCAUAACUUUAAUGGCAACAUACAUAUUUUCAAUCUCUUUCACUUCCACCAGACAUACAAAUGCACAAUACCAGUACCAUGUUCAUUAGCUGAUACAGGCCCCCAUCCUUCGAUUGGCUCUUUGUACCUGAACAUAUAUCUGGGACAUUGAGACCACUUGACAAACUUCAAGUUGCAAUGUGCAAGCAUCAAAAGUGCAAGAGAAGCGAGUGCGUACUUCAAGCUGGGCAAGGGAAAACUCUGGGUAAUCAGGUCAUUAUGUAUUGUGCAUAGUAAACUAAUUGUACAUUAUUUUUUAUUAUUUAUAAAGAGUAAAGAGAGAUAAAGGUGAUAAAGGUUGAAUGUUUGUAAAAAUAAAUGAUAACAGAUAUUUCUGUGUUUUAUUGCAUCACAAUCAAAAAACAAAACAAAACAAAAUUAUUAUAUGGACUGCAAUUUUGCUUUCUAAAUUAUUACAGCACAAAAUCAUGAAGAAGCUACAGCAAAGUUAUGUGGUCGAAAUACUUCCAAAUCACUCCAUUGGUAAAAUAAAAAGCCUU